AUGCAGAAAGUAAAACAAAGUUAUGCAUCAAAAAAGGAGCCGUCCGAAGCAGAGAUUGAUUCUAUAGAUGAUAUCAUAAGUAGGAACGAUUCAUCAAAGAAGCAGCAAGCAUCCGAACAAGUGCAUGUAGAAGGACCUAAUGAUGUCCAAGAAGGAUUUGUUCAUAUGAAGAACCGUGAAACAGUAUUAAGAGAUGGUCUCUUUAAGGAGGAAUACACGUCUUAUCAACCUAUAUUGCAGGUCAAAGAUGAUUUUAGUGAAGAAAGUGACAAGUUACACCACGCAAAAUUCGAAGUGGCAGGUAGUUCUAUGGAGACCAAUGACAAACUUGGCAGAGACGAAUUGUUUGGAAAAGAUAUAUCAGGAGAUUCGAUUGAUCUACUGAACAAAGAAGAAUUGAUGAGAGGGGAGCAUCUAAUUAACAGAAUAUAUGUAACGUGCUCUAAGAGUCUAUAUAGGAAAAUUCAGUACAUAAAUGAAUGCGGUUUAUUGAACAGCUAUAGAAAGGAAGCAGAACCUGAGGAUGACAAUGGUGUGUAUAUAACAGAGGACAAUAGAAUAUUUAAGAAGAUUAAUAACCUAAGUGCGGAUGGGUUUACACCCGAUGAAGAUGCGUCAGCGAUAGUUGAUGAAUAUGCCAAGAACUUAUAUUUAAGGUGCCAAAAUAGUCUAUUUAAUAGAAUUCACCAUGGGGGAGAAGGGGAUUUAGAAAAUAUAAAGGAAUUAUUGAAAAGAAGACAAAAAGAAGAACCAAGGGAACCUGUAGAGGAAAACAUAUUACCACAGGAAAGGAAGCACACCAUAUAUAUAUACUUGCAUGAAAAAGACAAAGAUAAAGAUCCAGAUAAGGAUAAAAAUGAUUGGGUUAUAUAUAAACGCAUUGAAGAUCGCAAAGUAAAGGUUGAAUUACUAGAAGAUGUGCAGACAAUGAAUAAGCUUGAUCGGACAUUGGAGAUCAGAGCCAACUUUAGUGGAGGAUUUCAGAGGUUCAGCCAGCCAAGAUUGGAAGUAGAAGAUAGUUCUCUAAAGAAGAGUGACAAAUUAAGCGAACAGAAAUUGUUUGCAGAAGAUAUAUCAGAAAAUUUAAAUGAUCUACUGAGAAGGGACGAAUUGAUGGAAAAGAAGCAUCUAAUUAACAAAAUAUAUGUAACGUGCUCUAAGAGUCUAUAUAGAAAGAUGCAGUACAUAGAUGAAUGCGGUUUACUGACCAGCUAUAGAAUUGAAGCAGAAUAUGACAAUGACAACGGUAUGUAUAUAACAGAGGACAAUAGCUUAUUUGAAAGAAUUAGUGACAUAAAGUGCCAUGGGUUCACCCUCGAUGAAGAUGCGUCAGCGAUAGUUGAUGAAUAUGGGAAGAACUUAUAUUUAACGUGCCAAAAUAGUCUAUUUAAGAAAAUUCACCAUCAGGGAGAAGGGGAUUUAGAGAAUAUAGAAGAAUUAUUGAAAAGAAAAGAAAAAAAAGAAGCAAGGGAAUCUGUAAAGGAAAAGAUAUUACCACAGGAAAGGAAGCACACCAUAUAUAUAUACUUGCAUGGAAAAGAGAAAGAUAAAGAUCCAGAUAAGAAUAAAAAUGAUUGGCUUAUAUAUAAACAUAUUAAGGAUGGCGAAAUAAAGAUUGAAUUACUAGAAGAUGUGCAGACAAUGAAUAAGCUUGAUGUAACAGCCGUUGAUUCAGUAUAUAAAGAGACAGAGGAAGCUCUUAUCAGAAGUGUCUUAGAACCAACAAAAAAAAUGGUGAGACCCAAUAUGGAAGCAACAGAAGAAUCUCUUAUGAAAAAUGUCAUGGGGCUACAGGAAAAGACUACCAAAUCCAAUAUUAAGGAAACUAUGAAGAAGGUGACCAAAUAUGGUAUUCCAGGAAUACUGGCAAUGGUCGUCUUACCAUUCCUUGUGAUGGAAUAUCUGAAGAUAAGCGGUGCCAGUGCUCUUCUGGAGACUGAAUUAAUAGCGGCAAAAGCGGGUUUAAGGAAAGCGGCAGGGCAUAUCCCGGGAGUCGCCAUAGAUGCCACAUCCUGCGUAGUAGACACAGUAGUUUCAUCUAUGAUAAGCUGGUUGUCCCACUCGCCUAAGUCGGCGCCCGAGAAAAAUGAUACCUCUUGUGCAAUCCGCGCCGCGGAAAAAACUGUAAAGGCCAUGGCUGAAGGAGCAGAUCAUGGCGCCGCUGUAGGUGCCUCAAUUGGAAUGUCAAACACAUGGAUUCAAUUCGGAUUGGAGAUAGCAAUGACAGUUGCCAUUCUCAUCAUUGUUGAGGUUAUUUUCCAAAUAUUUCUGUAUCUGGAUAAUAGGGGCCACCUGGAUUUCAUUGAUAAAAACAGAAGACGUUUUAAACGUUUCAUGGUUGAAAGAGAAUACAAAAUGCGUAAGCCAAAGUCAUUUUAA